CCAGUCCAGUCAGUGCUACGCUCGCUACACAUUGACUCUGAUUUCAUUCAUUCCUCUCUCUCUCUCUCUCUCUCUCUCUCUCUCUCUAAACAAAACCACCACCGUCGCCACCGUUGUUCUCCGCUCUCUUCUUCCCUCCGGGGAAUCGUAACGCCGGCGAUUCCUCCCCUGAUUCAAUCUCCACCGUUCAAUUCAACCCUUCUGCUUCCCCUUAACUGAUUCCAUCGAAAAUGGCUUUCAUCGCUUGCUAGGGUUUCCCCAAUCCCAAACCUCCAUCUCCAAAACCACCCUGUACCUUUUCCUCAUCUGCUUACUCAUCGCAGUUAUGGCUAUCCGAGCAACCUUCUCCUUCUCCGGCUACGUCGCGCAGAAUCUCGUCUCCUCUGCCGGCGUCCGUGUCGCCAACUCCCGUUGCGUCCAAGAAUGCUGGAUCCUCUCCCGCUUCUUUGGAACCAACCAGAAGCCCGAUCGAGACCCAUCGGGAACCGUUCGAAGCUUCUUCUCCGAUCGUGAAAGGCCUAAAUCGAAUAGCUGGGUCAAAAACUCUGCCUAUUCUACCCUCGCCGGUGAGAUUCUCGGCGAUAAUUUUAGUAACCCGAUUGUUUUAGGCUUGAUCUCGGUGAUGAAGUCUACGGCGGGUGUCUCCGCCGCGUCCUCCGCCGCAACCAUGGGCGGCGUUUUUGGAAUCUCCCCCAUUAAGACCUCUUCGAUCAUACCCUUCUUGCAGGGUUCGAAGUGGCUUCCUUGCAACGAGUCCGUUCCUGACCCCACCUGGGAGGUUGAUAAAGGUGGAACACCCUGUGUCGUGGAAGCUGCUUCUGCUGCUACUGCUACUGCUACUGCUACUGCUACUGUUACUGUAGCAGUGAGUGCGAACUCGAGGGAAUUGGAAAGGACUAGCUGGAUCACGAGGAUGUUGAAUGUUUGUUCUGAGGAUACGAAAGCUGCAUUCACUGCUAUCACUGUUAGCUUGCUCUUCAAAUCCUUCUUGGCUGAACCCAGGUCCAUUCCCUCUGCUUCUAUGUACCCAACUCUUGAAGUGGGUGAUCGUAUUCUAGCUGAGAAGGUUUCUUUCUUCUUUAGAAAGCCUGAUGUGUCAGAUAUAGUGAUUUUUACAGCACCUCCUAUAUUGGUGGAGAAGCUUGAUUUUAGUCCAUCUGAUGUGUUUAUAAAGAGGAUCGUGGCGAAGGCUGGGGACAUUGUUGAAGUUCGUGAUGGGAAAUUACUGGUGAAUGGUGUUGCUGAAGAGGAGGAUUACGUUUUAGAGCCGCUUAAUUAUGAGCUGGAUCGAAUGGUUGUGCCAAAAGGACAUGUUUAUGUGCUGGGAGACAAUCGUAAUAGGAGUUUUGAUUCUCAUAACUGGGGUCCACUCCCUGUGGAGAACAUUCUUGGUAGAUCCAUGUUUCGCUACUGGCCUCCAUCCAGAGUAUCUGACACUGACACCCUUCAUAGCCACCCACCUGGAAACAGUUCUGUGGUGGUUUCUUGACAUGAUCUCUACUGCAUAAUUGAAGAAUCCAGAUACUUCCAUUUGUUCUAAAUGAAGCGCCUCUCGCGUUUUGUCCCGGGUGUGAGCUGUUAUUCAACGAUACUCCAGUAUGAGCCUGCUUAUUUUGAAGAUGGUUUGGGAUGAAUAACUUAUUCAUUGAUUCGAAUUUGUCAAUGACCAUAAUGAGGUUGUGCAUUCUUUCGUGCUAUUCUGAGAUGUUUUUUUUCUCCCUGCUACAAAGUGUAGGGGAAAAGAAAAAUGAAAGAAACGCGAUGAUUUGAAAGAAAAAAAAUGAUGGUAGAUUUGUGCUGUAUUCUUUAAUGUGUUAUUUCUGGAUGAUAGAAACUCAGGGAAAGGUUUGAGAUGGAGCUAUUUGACUCCUUUCUGAGUUUCAUUAUGUAGGCUUCACCAUCGUUUAUGGUUAAAUUUCAAUAUUCAGUCAUGCUUGAAAUUGUCUGGGCACAUUAUUGUUGCCCAUUUUCAAUUCAAACCAGAUGCAAUAUCAGAAUAGCAUACUUUCAGAUCGA